AUGGUCGCCAAAGCGAAAAAAGAGCCGGAGGAGACGACUCCCAAUCGAAUUUGCUGUUGCAAUUUAAAGGUAGGCCAUAGAUGAGGUUUCGCGUCAUAUCACAAUUGACAAGGGAAGUACCCCUAGUGCGACGCUCAGAUUUUCUUUAAAUUUUGCACACACGUCGGGCAUAGAUUAAAUAUCAAUUCCUGAAAGUUUUAGCUCGCUCUUUGCAAGCGCCGUCGAGAUAUUGAACGAUUUUUGUCGCCGAGAGAGUACGCUAAACACGGGGAGCGGUCAAAGAGAAAAACACUUUUUGGCCAUAACUUUGCCAGUUUCGGGCGGAAAAAAUUGAUUUUUUGUGGAAACAUUACUCUCUAUGGUAGAAAUAGGCAUGAAACUUUUCGUGCCAAAAUUCAACAAAAAGUGUUAAAAUUUCGCCAACUUUCGAUCUAAAAAUCUCGGUUGUUUCUGCAAAGCGCUAGUUAGGAUUCUCGCAUAUUUUUUAGAAAAAAAAUCUAAAUUUGUGCCAAGUUUCAUCAAAAUCUGAGCGUCGCACUUGGGGUAGUUCCCCUGUGAAUAUAUUCUACUCACAAACCUGGACCAGCCUCCUAAGCCAUUGAAUUCUGUAACAUCUGCUGCAGAUUUUGCUGACAACUGCCUCGAGCGCAACAGCCAAUCUUUCUUUUGAUUUUGCAGAGUUUGCCGUAGGCAAGUCUUGAAAUUUUCAGCUCGCGCAUUGCAAGAGCAGUCGAGACAUUCAACAACCUUUACUGCCGAGAGAGUACGCCAAAUGCGGGCAGAAAACGCUCGGAAAAAUUAUUUUUUUGCAAAAACUUGUUUUAUGCGGUCGAAAUAGCGCUGAACUUUUUUGUGUAUAAAAUCACUAAAACUUUCAAGUCUUGGCCAAUUUUCGAGCCAAAAGUCUCGGUUGUAUCUUUGUUUGAAUACCUUUUUCCAGACAGCCGGCUAUGUCGUUGGGUUGGUGGAGAUUCUCCUCUGUAUUCUGGCGGUUUACGGCCUUUUCCGCAACUUUCAUCUUUUCGGAAUGUCCUACUUCUUUUGGUUCGUUGUUGGUAUGUUCAUGAAUAGCAAAGGCUACUUGUUCCUUGCCUCAUUUGCCAUACAAAUAUCUGACUUGCAGGAAUCAUCAGCAUUAUAAUCAUCCUCAUCGCCAUCGCCAUCCUGUUCUACGCCAUUCAGAAGGAGAAGCCGCGCUGGCUGUUGCCGCAUCUCAGCGCUCAAAUCUUUUUGAUUCUGUUCUUGUUUAUUGUGGCGCUGGUCACGGCGAUUCUACUGAUUUUGGGAGAGUACCGCGGAAUUCGACGGCUUCUUGGGCAUGGCGGCUUUCAUAUGAGCGAUUCCUGUAAGGUUUACUUUACAGGGCGCAAAAAGCCCUGAUAAUUUGCACACUGCGGCGUUGACGCGUCGUUGGUGAAUGUAAAAACCUUUUGUAAAACGAUCUUUUUAGUCCCAGCUUCGCAAAAAAACGGCGAUUUUUCUUUGCCCUAUAAAUGUGGGAAAAUCUUUCAAAUCAGCUUUUCUGCAAAACCGCUGAACAAAUCUGAUGCUCUUUUCUGACCGCUCUCUUCAUUUCUCCUUAGCUCAUGUUCCACCCGCGGGCACGGUAAAAGUGGUGGCUUUCGUGUCAGGUAUAUAUGUACAAACUAAAAAACACGUCCGCUAACACGGGAAGUACCACAAGUGCAACGCUCAGAUUUUCUCUAAAUUUUAAUUCUUGAAGGCAUAAUUUGGAGUUAUAUUAAAGUCGCAUAUGAUCAAAUUUGAUUUGCCCCAUUUUUCAGCCACUCGCGUCCUCGGCGUCUGGAUUAUCAUCGUUUACCUGGCCGUGGCGAUCCUGGAAUGUUUCUUCCUUUACAUUAUUUGGAAACUGUACAAGUAAGCAGAUAGUCCGGUCUUCAAAACAGUUUUUUCGUGCGCUUUAAGACAGUCCUUUUCUUGCAGACACCUUAGGGCCUACAAACAGCUGGAAGAGCAGAAGCGCGACAUCCGUUUCGGCGGCGCCGCCUACAACGCCAACGAUUGGUAUAUUGCGCCGGAAAACGACAAAGCCUACGGUGGGUCGCCGGAUGCUGGCGACAUCUAUCCCUACGACGCUCCUCUAAUCAACAACGCAUAG